AGGCGCCCAGUAUCACUUCCGAGUUCACCUAGGCCGCCAUCUUUAAAAAGGGCAAACACUUAUCCGUGAGUCAUGACGUGUGCUGACUGAUACGGGCGGGGCUCCGUUGUCGGUAGACUGUGCCCGACACAGGAGGGCAGACAUGGUGCUUCGUCGGCUUCUCUUCAACCUCCUGAAUAACCCUCAGGUGAUUGAGAAGCUCUCCGAGUCUCGGCCUAUCCGCAGAGCCGCCCAGAUUACCGCCUUCGCCAUCACCAAGGCCGAGCUGACUGGCAAGGACGCGGCCCAGCGCCUGCUCCGCUCUGAUACCGUCCGACAACUCACCAAGGACGGGGCUCCCCGGAACCUGGAGGACAUAGGGCGGAAGAUGGGACGGGUGAAGAACACGUUCAUGAGGGAGCUCAAGACUGGCAUGAAGGCAAUCAAAGAUGGCACAAAGAGGCCGGGGGGAGAGUGAGGAGGACAUGAGGGUGUACCUCACAAGCAGCCUGCUAAUUCAUUUUAAUGUAUUAUAAUCUUCACAAUAAAAGUAGUUCACUGACUCCA